AUGAGCGGGUACAAGAGGGAGGUCCUUCUUCUCUCUGGGCAGUCCCUCGCUUCGCCACCUCGACGUCUGUCUCCUCGUGAGUCGUCAAUCGAGGCAAAGCUUUUGGUAGCGCACAGCGGCGCCGCUGCAUCCAUCACCGAUGCAACAAUGUGCAGCGACCGAAGGGACGCGUGUCAAGUGCUCGAGGUGAUUGAGACUCGCUCGUAG